AUGGUGUCCUUGAGUCGGUAUCUUAGGCAUUAUAACCUCGACUACUUUCCAGCGCCCGAGUCCUUCAAGCCGGAAAGAUGGCUAGGUAAGGAUGACAAAGAGUUGGAGAAAUGGAAUUUCUCGUUCAGCAAGGGAAUACGUCGAUGUCUUGGACUCCCAGAUGUCCUUAUGCUUUUCCUACUUCUUUUCACGGUUUGA